CACAAAAUAUAUCUUUAAAAAACUUGCCUCAAUAAUUGAACCAUCCCAUUUAUUCACAUUUAGAAAACUUCACAAACUACUCUGACUAGCUUAACUAGCUACUGUAGGGAUCAUGUUUUCAUCGGAUGUAUAUCUAUUUUACUUCGUCAUCUUCUUCAGUCUCCUAAUGUCACUGCCUACAUACAUCUUAUCUCAUUUUGCCUCUUCUCCUUAUGGCAAACACUCUCGUUCAGGUAAAUCAAAAACUACAAUUUCUCCGUCAAUUGCGUGGGUUUUCAUGGAAAGCCCAACGCUUUGGUUAACAUUCCUCAUAUUUCCCUUAGGGAAAAAUUACACAAACCCUUUAGCAUAUAUCCUUAUUUCUCCUUUCCUUAUUCACUAUACAAAUCGUACAAUCAUUUAUCCCCUACAUCUCGACAAAAGAGCACAUAAUAAAUUCCCACUUAACAUUGCAGUGACGGGUUUUAUUUACAAUAUUUUGAAUGCAUACAUACAAAGUAGAUAUGUUUCUCAUUAUGCCAACUAUGAAAAUGAUGAGUGGUUUUGGACUAGGUUUCGUUGUGGGUUUUUUGUAUUUGGAUUGGGUAUGGUGAUCAAUGUUUGGGCCGAUGGGGUGCUAUUGAGCCUGAAAAGACAAGGUGGUGGAUACAAGAUUCCAAGAGGUGGGCUUUUUGAGUAUGUGAGUAGCCCAAAUUAUUUUGGUGAGAUAAUGGAGUGGUUGGGUUGGGCGUUAAUGACGUGGUCAUGGGCUGGACUUGCGUUUUUGGUGUAUACUUGCUCUAACUUGGUUCCUCGAGCCGUUUCGACUCAUAAAUGGUAUGUGGAGAAAUUUGGGGAAGAUUAUCCUAAGAAUAGAAGAGCUGUUUUUCCAUUUUUGUAUUGACAUUUUACAUCUCUUGUUGUGAUUAUGCAAUGCAAUUAAACUUGUAUUGAUGGUUGUUGCCUAUUGUAUCAUACUAUUAUAUUGUUAGUUUAAAUAAAUAUAAUAUUUAUUUUAA